AUCGCGGAAACAAACCCAAUCACCACAAUGUCAGGGCCCACGUACAAGUUGUGGAUUGGCGGCGAGGAGCGAGAGGGCAAUGCAGAGCAAAUUCCCAUCGAGAAUCCCGCAACGGGAGAAAUAUUUGCACACUGCCAUGCGGCCUCCGCCGCCGACGUUGAAGAAGCAGUACAGCUUGCACACAAAACAUUCAGAUCUGGCGUUUGGUCCAAAGCCCCCCGCCACGUGCGAGCAGAUAUCCUAGAUAAGAUUGCUGAGCUUCUGACCGCCAACCUGAAACGGCUCAUUGAGCUCGAAGUACGGCAAACGGGCCGGGCCAUUCGCGAAAUGAAUGCUCAGGUGCCCACGUUGGUCAAGUGGUUCAAGUACUACGCCGCGCUCAUACGAACGGAAGAGCGUCCUGUGCUACCUACCGUUGGCCAAUUACAUAAUUGGAUUGAUCGGAAACCUCUCGGAGUCGUUGUCCAGAUCACGCCGUUCAAUCACCCGCUGCUGAUUGCAGUGAAAAAAAUAGCACCUGCGCUCGCAGCGGGGAAUUCCAUCAUCUUGAAGCCUAGCGAGCUGACCCCAUUGACGUCGUUGGAGCUCGGGAGGUUGAUGAAAGAGGCUGGACUGCCGGAUGGAGUCUUCUCUGUGUUGCCUGGCUUGGGACCAACGACUGGGAAGGCCCUUGUCGAACAUCCCCUCGUGAAGAAAGUGGAUGUUACUGGCGGUACUCCAGCAGGAAGAGCCAUCGGAGCAAUAGCAGGUCGGAAUUUGGCUCGCUUUACGGCCGAGCUGGGUGGUAAAGCUCCGCUUCUGGUUUUUGAAAAGGCAAACGUGGAUCUCGCUGUCAAUGGUAUUGCUUUUGGGAGCUUUAUCGCUUCUGGUCAAACGUGCGUGGCUGCAACACGCAUUAUUGUGCAGAAUUCUGUACUGGACCAGGUGGUGGAGAAGCUAAAAGCAAAGGCCGAGUCGAUUGAGCAACGCAUGGGAUCUCCAGAUAAUGCUGAGUCCAUGAUGGGCCCCUUGGUGUCAGCAAAACAACUGGUGCAUGUUCGAGCGUUGGUAGACGAUGCGGUCGCCGCGGGAGUAAGAGUUAUUACUGGUGGUGCAAGAAUGACAGGCUCCUCUCCGCUGGAUAGGACCGACUUCUCGAGAGGGUAUUACUACCCUCCAACCAUUCUCGUUGAUGGCCCGUCCGCGAAGAUUGUAGAUACGCGGCUAUGGAAAGAAGAAGCCUUUGGUCCGGUCAUCGUUGUAGUUGGGUUUGACGCGGAGGAUCAAGCUCUAACGUUGGCAAACGAUUCCGAAUUCGGUCUCGGUGCGGCCGUUUGGACGCAAGAUCUUUCGCAGGCUUUUCGUGUGUCUGAGGGCAUCGAAGCCGGAAUCUGUUGGGUGAAUACACACCACAGAAAUGAUCCGAGUAGCCCAUGGGGCGGUCUCAAAAGCUCGGGUGUCGGGAGCGAGAAUGGAGUUGAUGCAUACCAUGCCUACACUACGACGAAGAGCACUAUCAUCAAUUACGCGAGUGCACAUGAUAGUCUUGCAAGCGAUGACUGGUUCAGGGAAGGCUCCGGAACAGUUCGCUACGGGUAAAGCUGGACUGAGAGGGCCAUUUCAUGGCCUCUCACCAGUAUUUGUUAGGUCCAACACGGUUCUGAUGUGGCCAUGUUCAAGCGAAUCUGGCUCUGAAUGAGGACUCGGGCUGGGUGGCCUUUACGAAACGUGCUGGGGAGUUGAGUCACGAUUUCACCAGUUACGAUCUAUUAAUUGGUUAGUGUCCGUUACGUUAAACCUCUCCCUUCAUUUUGUCGGGCGGCCUUUCCGGGGCGUGGCCAAGCACUAUAGAGCUUCAAUAGAGAUCCCGGAAACAAUGACAAUCUCCCAUCUAGCAGGGGGCCG